AUGUUUCUGCUUCACGAAUAUGAUAUUUUCUGGGCAUUUCUAAUAAUAUCAAGUGUUAUUCCUAUUUUGGCAUUUCUAAUUUCCGGAGUUUUGGCCCCGAUUAGGGAAGGACCUGAGAAACUUUCUAGUUAUGAAUCGGGUAUAGAACCAAUGGGCGAUGCUUGGUUACAAUUCCGAAUCCGUUAUUAUAUGUUUGCUCUAGUUUUUGUUGUUUUUGAUGUUGAAACGGUUUUUCUUUAUCCAUGGGCGAUGAGUUUCGAUGUAUUGGGUGUAUCUGUAUUUAUAGAAGCUUUAAUUUUCGUGCUUAUCCUAAUUGUUGGUUCAGUUUAUGCAUGGCGAAAAGGAGCAUUGGAAUGGUCUUAG